AUGGUCUUCUUCAUUAUCAAGGAAGAAAAGAUCAUCAAAUCAAACUACAUGGACAAAGAAUUGAACUUGGUGAAAUUGAACGAUGUUUACUUAACAUCACAUCCAUCUCUGCUUGUGUUGUUGUGAAAUGGAAUGAUGACUAUUUAGUUGCUUAUGUUCAAUCUUCUCAUAUCAGUGAAGAUGAAUUACGUCAACAUUGUCAAUCUCAUCUCCCACCACAUAUGAUACCAUCAAUAUUCAUUAUACUUGACAAAUUACCGUUGAAUCAAAAUGGAAAAAUAGAUAGAAAACUUCUUCCUUCACCUAACUUCUCAUCUAUAAAUCUCACGAAUAGUAUAGAACUAUUACUACCAACGAAUGAUAUUCAAGUUAGUAUUCAUCAUAUCUGGUGUGAGAUAUUCAAACUAAAUCAAAUCUCAACUGAUACAAACAUAUUUACUAUUGGUGGCCAUUCAUUACUUAUCAUGCAACUUUUUCAUCGAUACAAGAUCGAAUUUCAUUUAGAAACAAACACUCUUUCUAUUUCAAAUCUAUUUCAACAUCCAACAAUUAUUCAUCAUGCUCAGCUCAUUCAACAAUCCAUCAAAACCAUCCACACUAUGGAUAAGUAUUCUUGGUCUUCUUUACAUCUCACUCAAGCUAAAGCAUCAUUUGCUCAAGAACGUAUUUUCUUAGAUGAACAAAUUCGAUUUUCAGCAACAAAUAAUAAUACUAACAUAUAUGCUAUUCCACUAGCUUAUCGAAUUUCAUGUAUGAAUGAUCAUAUAUCUAUUUCACGAUUACAUCAUGCAUUUCAAUCUAUCAUAAGAAAACAUCAAAUUCUUCGAACAGCACUCUAUCUUGAUACAAAUGGUACUAUUAUUCAACAUUGUUUAGAUACAAAUGCUAUUAUCAAUGAUGAGAAAUCAUCUAGAUUUUCAAUAAUUAAUCUUUCCGAUGAAGAACAUGAACAGAAUGAAAUUGUAAAGAAGAUUUUAAAUCAAUCUGAUUUAUUUGAUUUAUCAAGAGGACAUGUUAUUAAUUGUCAUAUUCUUCAUCAAGAUCGAUCAACUCAUUCAUUCACUCAGAAUAAUAACGAUCUAUUGAGUAAAGAGGAUCUAAUAUUAUUUACCAUUUAUCAUGCUUGCUUUGAUGGAGCAUCAGUAUCAAUCUUCAUUCGUGAUCUUACUCUUGCUUAUCAAUCUAAUGACUUGCUUUCUAUAGAUGAUCAUUCAUUACAAUAUAUCGACUAUUCUAUUCAAGAACACAUAAUGGAUAUGACAUUAUCUCAAGAGUUUUGGCAAUUAGAACUCAAAGGAUGUAAUCUAACACGCCAGUUACUAUUACCUGUUGACCGACAACGUUCAUCAACGAAUCAACAACGAUCAGGUUUAGCCUCUACAUCUCAAAUAACUUUUGAUGAUGACAUAUGCACAUCAUUUCUCAACUAUGCAUCAUCACAUCAUCUCACACUCUUUCAACUUGGAUUAUCCAUAUUUUAUGUUUUCCUAUUCAAAUUAACUCAUGGUGAGAGUGAUUUAUGUAUUUCUUCUAUCAAUGCUAAUCGAUACCGAAGUGAAUUAGUGAAUAUGAUAGGAAUGUUUGUAUCAACAUUACCAUAUCGUGUUGAACUUGAUCCUCAUUGGUCAUUUGAUGAAGUAGUUAGAUAUGUACAAGAAAAAUGUUUAUCAAUUCUUCAGCAUUCUCAUUAUCCACUUCAACAUAUUCUUGCAGAUUUACAUCUCACUCAAUCCAAUGCAUCAUUUCUUGAGACAAUGUUUGAUUUUAUCAAUAUAUCAAACGAAGCACCAGCAUCAUUUGCACAAGCUCUACAAUCGUAUAAUGAAUCGAUUCAUUACACUCCUCACAUAUCACAAGCACCAAUCUACAACAUACCUUUUGUUUAUUCUCUCGACUCACAUCAUACUUUAUCUGCACAACAUCUUCGUCAUGCUCUUCAACUAAUCGUUACAAAACAUCAAACUCUUCGAACAUCACUCAUCUUUCACACAGAAAUUGAUCAACUCUUGCAGCAAAUCGUUGAUACAAACGAAAAUAGUAGACAACUAUUUACAUUUAUUGAAAGCACUUAUGAAACACAACAGCAACUCAAUCAUAUCCUGCAUGAAGAAAAAUAUAAUCAUCAACUUUUUGAUCUUGCUCAAGGUCUUGUCUUUCGAUGUCAUCUUGUUUACUACAAACAAAUCUCCACAAAUCAUCUUCUUUCUCACAAAGAUCUACUUAUUUUCAACUUCCAUCAUGCCUUGUUUGAUUUUCCAUCAAUGAAUAUCUUUCUUCAUGACCUCAAUCAAGCAUAUACGACAGGUCAAUUAUUAUAUGAUGACAACACUAAUCUUCGUUAUCUUGAUUAUGCUGUUAUUGAACAAGAAACGUCGAUGUCUGGUGCAAGUAUGUUUUGGCUAGAUGUUCUUCAUCAUUGUAAACUUGAUCAACCUUUAUCAUUACCAUUUGAUCGAUAUCGUCUCUCAAAUGAACAUCGAACUUGUCAUACAACAUCUAUUUCUUUUGAUUUUGGCCAAGAUCUCUCACAUCACUUUCUUACUCAUGCAUCAUCAAAUAACAUAUCACUUGAACAUCUCACAUUUGCUAUUUAUUUCAUCUUUCUAUUUAAACUAACUAAUGGGCAAACAGAUCUAUGUCUGUCUAUGAACAUUAAUAACAAUCGAUAUAGAGAUGAACUCAAAUCAAUCAUUGGAUUGUUUGAGAAUGUCAUUCCAUUACGAUGUCAAUUAGAUGAUCCUCAUUGGUCUUUUCAUCAAUUACUCGAACAUGUUCAAGAGAGAACAACAAAUAGUAUGAAAUAUUCAUAUUUCCCACUUCAACAUAUUCUCAAUCAACAUCCACAUAUUUCCAAACAUGCAUUUCUCGAUACAUCUCUGGAAUUUAUAUCAUACAAGAGCAACAAUGACAAUAAUGCAGUGAUGAUUGGUGAUUCUCGACUUGUGCCAGGAUCUUUCUCAUUCAAGAUUAACGAAGAUGAGAUGUUAAGUACAUCCGAUUUCUCUCUUUCUAUUUAUCAUGAUAUGAACAUCAAUCAACU